AUGGCUAAGAAAAGGUGUCUAGCAGGGAAUGGUCAUUGGUCAUUGGUAUUACCCUCCCAUUCCUCGUUUCUGGAUGUUGAAUUAGGUGCUAAUCCUAGCUACGUGUGGCGGAGUAUUCUAGAGGCAAAAGCUGUGGCUAGAAUGGGUGUGAGAUGGCGUGUUGGAGCCGGUUUGUCUAUACCGGUUCUUAAUCAACCAUGGCUUCCUUGCAAGGAACAUCCGUAUGUUAUCUCUUCUCAUGUGGACUGUAAGGUCAAUAAUUUAUUAAAAGUGGGCUCUCUUCAGUGGGAUGAGGAAGUUCUUCACGAUUUAUUUGUUCAAAGGGAUAUUAAUUUGAUCCGUUGCAUUCCGUUGUCUCCGUUUUCGGUUGAGGAUUAUUGGUAUUGGAUGUUGGAGACUCGUGGAGAUUAUUCUGUUAAAAGUGCUUAUCGCGCCUUACAAGACAGCAAUGGUAGGUGGAAUACUCAAGACAAUUCGGGCUUUUGGGAGAUGUUUUGGAACUUGAAGUUGCCACCUAAGAUGAAGAUUUUUCUUUGGCGUGGUCUUACUAAUUGUCUCCCUACCCUUGUAUCUCUGCGAGUUGUCUGGACAUGGGGCUGGGAGGAACGAUUUGGGGGUGAAGCUGUUGUGUUUGGCAGCUGGUUUGAUAAUGUUUGUAAGGGUCAGCCUGUGGAUCGUAUUGAGGGGCUUGCUAUGCUUUUUUGGGGAGUUUGGGGAGCUCGUAAUGACUUGGUUUGGAGCAAUAAGGUGUUGUCGAUAGAGAGAGUGGUGAAUGCUGCAAUUACUUACCUUGAUUCUUGGAAGAAUGCUCAGCUGAAAAGUAGAGGUGUGUCGCCAAGGUCUGGUCCAAUUACUUCUGGGUGUGAGCAAUGGGCUAAACCUUAUUUUGGUGAAAUAAAGGUUAAUUGUGAUGCCAGUGUCUUUGGGGAUGACAAUAGUCUUAGGUUGGGGUGGAUUGCUCGGGAUCAUAAUGAUUUAUUCAUUGAUGCGUUGGCGGUCAAAACUUAUGGUCAACCCGCCCCGUUUUUGGCUGAAGCUAUGGCGUUGAAGGAGGCGCUCAUUUGGGUGAAGGGAAGGUGGGUAGAGGGGGGUGUGCCUGCUGGUGUGGUUAUGGAGUCGGACUCGCUGCUGCUGGUACAAGCUGUGCAACAGAAGAAGCGAUUGUUGUCUCGGGUGGGGCUUUUAAUUACGGAUUGUGUUGGUCUUAUGCAGUCCUCUCUUUUGUUUCCUAUUUCAAUUAGUUUUGUUAAACGGUCUGGGAACCAGGCGACUAACUUUUUAGCUCGUUUUGCUGGUUCUAUUCCUGGCUGUGUUUCCCGUGGGGGUUUUGUCCUUGCUGGUUUGGAAGCUAUCUUGGUAGCUGGUUUGAUUUAA